AUGAUGCCGGUAACGCUAUUAUUCGUCCAUGGUGGCGGUUUUUGCAAGAAAUGCUGGGACCCCAUCGUGCGUCGUCUAAAGGCAACACCGCUGCUCGCUGGCGCCGAGUUUGUGACGUUCGACUUCACUUGGCAUGGCGAGAGCUACGACCACUCGGUGGCUGCUCAGGUGGAUCGCAGUAACCCGGAGAAACCUCGCGUGGAUCAUCCAGCCAGGAACAUCGCGACGUGGGCGCCGCAGCAAGUUUGGGAGCAGGUGCAGCAGAUCCGAGCAGACCAACGUGCUCGAGGACAAAGUGACAAGACGCCGCUGAUCGGGGUCGGUCAUUCCAUGGGUGCUACGGCGCUCUGGAAGACAGAGGUCACUCAUCCGGGAACCUUUGCCAGUCUCAGUCUGUUUGAACCUGGUUACGGCGUCCGCAAACCGGAGAACGACUUUACUGUCGACUUCCUCGUGAAGUUAACACUGCAGCGCGAAGCCAAAUGGCCGAGUCGCGCUGUUGCAGAGGAUUAUUUCUACAAGUUGAAGAAAUUUGCUCGUUGGGACCGUGAGGCACUUGCCGGCUAUGUUCGCGGCGGUCUAAUCGACCAAGACGACGGCUCUGUUGUCUUGGCGUGUCAUCCGUUGAUCGAAGCCUCGCUCUACUGCCAUACGCCGCUGCAUCUCAACGACGAGCUCCAGCAACGUCCUCGCUGUCGCGUCACUUUCCACGGAGGAGGCAGAUCCAAGAUCCACAACGGCAAAGCUUUUGGACAAAUGGCAGCCAGGUAUCCAGACAUUUAUCGCACGAGACCGCUGAUGUCAGGACUAUCGCAUGCUUUGGUGAUGGAGGAUCCUGCUCAGUGUGCAAACGCAGUGGUGACGGAUCUGGAGGAGCUCUCAACGGGCCAAACACUGCCACAUUCACGCAUGUAG